AUGUCGUCAAUUAAUGCAAGCAUCUUCCUGCUGUCUGCUAGUAAAAUGUUACAAAAUGUUGCUGUGGAGCCAUCAAUUUUCCUUGAUGAUGAUAUGCAAAAUGUUGCGCAUGAAGAAGAAGAUGAUGGAAUUGAUUUGAAUGGUACUCCGGGAAAUGAUAGUGACGAUUCGUUGCAUCUGAACACGGAUGGUGUAGCUCCAAAUCAUGGCAAUGCCCGUGUGGCUAGUGACAAUGCCAAUGGAAAUGCUGCAACACUUGUUGACGAACCAGAUAAAGAAAUAUCAUCACAGCCAGUUGUCCCUUUUCUUGGAAUGGUUUUUGACAAUGUUGAAGAAGCUCAGCGUGUUUACAAUGAAUAUGCCUCGAAGAUGGGCUUUGGAACUCGCAUUAAUGUUGGUGGUAGCAUUUCUGACGGGGCUGCAACAAAUCAGUGUGAAGAUGUUGAUAUGAGCUAUUCCAGUAACAAAAAAUCUGCAAGCAAACAAGCCGGCAUCUAUAUGGAUGUGAGCGACAAGAGGAUAAGAAACCGGUUGGAGCGAGCAAAGCUGCGAAGGGGCCUGUCAGAGCGUGAUUUGGAGCUGACAAUCGAGUACUUUGAGAGAAGACAAGUGGAGAAUCCCAACUUCUUUUUCUCGAAGCUAGAAGAAGAUGGAGCUGUUAGGGCGCUUUUCUGGGUUGAUGGGAGAACAAGGGCCUUGUAUCCAAAGUACAAAGAUUGUGUGUUUUUCGACACCACAUUCUGCACGAAUCGCUACAACUUGCCCUUUGCUCCGAUUGUUGGGAUUAACAACCACACACAUACUGUUUGCUUGGGGUGCGCUUUGUUGCCUGAUGAGACCAUCGAAACUUUCAAGUGGGUCUUCGAGCAAUGGAUGUUGGCAAUGAAUAACGAGCAUCCGUUGAACAUUAUGACUGAUCAAGACCAGGCAAUGGCUAAAGCCAUCUCAAUGGUAUUUCCAGAUUCAACACACAGAUGUUGCAAGUGGCACGUCUUCCGGGUUGCAAGGACGAAACUAGGGAAGAUGCUGGGCAAGGAUGAGCCUUUUGCUGAAGCAUUCUAUGGUUGCAUCAAUGAUUCAGAUACCGUUGAGGAGUUUGAAGAACGGUGGAAGCAGAUGGUUGAGUCAUUUGGUGUGGCUGAUAAGAAACACCUCAAGAACAUGUGGGACAGCAGGGAGAUGUGGGCUCCUGUGUACUUUAGGAAUAAGUUCUUCCCAUUCACAGGAACAACCGGGCGGUCCGAGGGCCUGAAUUCCUACUUCAAGACUUUAAAUCAUCAUGGAGACUCGGUUUGGACAUUUGUCCAGCAGUUUGAGCUUUGCCAGGAGCUAAUGCUUGAUCGUGAAGACAAUGCUGGCUUCAUCAAUGAAGCGACGAGGCCGCCACUCUCGGGAAAUUACAACAUUGAAAAGCAAGCUGCAGAUUUCUAUACUAGAGAGGUAUUUUCCAAGUUUCAAAAAAUGUUGGCUAAAUCAACAGGCUAUGGUCUGCAAUAUCAGCUGCAAGGGUUACACGGUGUCGUCUGGUUUCGCAUUGUUGCAAAUUAUGGCGUCAACCCUAAAGUGUACACGGUGCGUGUUGCCCCUAAAGAUCAGACAUACAUGUGCACCUGCAACAUGUUUGAGAUGUGUGGGCUGAUCUGCCCACAUAUCAUCCGUGUCAUGGUGCACCUGAACGUGCAAACGAUACCUGCGACUUACAUGCUUCCAAGAUGGUCUAAGAGAGCAACCGACCUUGCGCCUGAACCGGGCGAUGGGCAUAGAGCUAUGCAUUUCGGCGUCCCCACGACAAACACCCUAAAGUUUAACUCUCUAUGCCGGAAGUUUGGGAAACUCGCUUCUGAUGCAUGCUUCAAUGAUGAAGCUUAUAGUUUUGUCUCUGGGCUAAUUGAUCAGGGUAGUGUUGGGGUUGCUGCAAUAAAAGUUAGAGCAACUGAUGGGGUUGCAGGAGACGAAGAAGCCCAAGGUCAUGCAGAAAAUGCACAAGUCUCAGGGGGUCCAAGUAUAGGUCGGCGGGAUCCACCCCCCGUAGGACUGCGGAACCCACCAAAGUCAGCAAAGAAAGGGAGGCCAAAAGAGAAAGAGAAGCGCAGGAAGCCACUAAUUGAGAUUCGAGAAGAUGAAAUGAAGAAGAAAGCAAAGAAGGACGCAGCGAAAACGAAGAAAGCUCCAAAGCCAAGGGAAAAGAAGACUACAUGCAAAUAUUGUGAAUAUGAAGAUCACAACAUGAAGGAUUGCCAACUCCUUGCAGCUUUUCUUGCUGCGAGUGUGAGCGUGAAAGCUCCGGGCGUCGAAACAAUCCUUACACUUUAG